AUGCCAGGCACUCUCUCGAUCGGCUUCGAGCGUAACCUCCUCGCCGCGGACUCGGUCCACGCAAGCCUCCACAAGCGCGACGGCGACGGCACCGCGGGCGAGGUGAUUUACAACCAGCAAAAAUACUACGUCGCUCCCGUUCGCGUCGGCACUCCGCCGCAGGAGCUCAGACUUGCUAUCGAUACCGGCUCGUCUGAUAUCUGGUUCCUGUCCGAUUUGAACGAGUUCUGUCUCGCGGAGGAAGAUCCGUGCUCGGAGUCUGGUCUCUUCAACUUCACUGCCUCGUCGACCAUCGUGUCUGAUCUUGACGAGUUCUCGAUCACCUACGGCGACAACACACAGGCCGACGGCGUCUACGCGCAAGACACGCUCGAAAUCGCGGGCGUGACGCUCACGAACCAAACGCUCGCGGUCGCAACCGACACGAACCUGACAAACGGCGUGCUCGGCAUCGGGUACGAGUCUGGAGAAGUCUCGGCAGGCGACAACAGUAGUACCACCGGCCAAUACUCUGGUCUGCUCCGCUCGAUGGUCGACCAGGGAUACAUCAACUCGCGCGUGUACUCGCUCUACCUGAACGACCUCGACGCUCCCACCGGCGACGUUCUCUUUGGCGGCAUCAACCGCGCAAAGUACGACGGCGACCUGGUCGUGCUUCCGAUCCAGAAAGAAGACGGACAGACAAACCACACCAGAUUCCUCGUCACUCUCGAAGGCGUCGAGAUCGGGGAUGGUACAGACAUCCAAGUCCUCGACGACUCGCUCGACACUCCCGCGCUCAUCGACUCCGGCACCACGUUCACCUACUUACCUUCCGACAUCGUCGAUGAGGUCGUGAACGCCACCGGCGCGAUCUACGAACCCGCACUGGGCGUAUACGUCCAGUCAUGCACGCUUCGCGAGCUCAACGUCUCCGUCAACUUCAAGUUUGAAAACGUCACAAUCAAAACCCCAAUCAAGGACCUCUACAGCCCCCUCACCUACUCCAACGGCUCCGCCGUCGUCGCCGACGGCUACGAACUCUGCCAAAUCACAAUGCAGCCCGCGAGCUCGAUGGUCAUCCUCGGCGACACCUUCCUCAGCUCCGCCUACGCCGUCUUCGACCUCGACAACAACGUCAUCGGCCUCGCGCAGUCGAAGCUCAAUUCCACCGAAUCCGACAUCGUCGCCGUCGACGCCGGCAGCAACGCCAUCCUCGACGCGCUCACAAAGCCCGCCGCGAGCGCGACCGUCUCCCACAGCUCGGCCACCGCGAGCGCGAGCGCGUCGUCAAGCUCGGGGAUCGCGGCGUCGAGCUCAGCGAUCUCUUCCUCCUCCUCCUCCUCCUCCUCCACGUCCUCCGCGGCAUCGUCUUCCUCGUCCGGCGCGGCCGCGGCUGGAUUGCGCCCCGCAGCGGCAGCCGAGAACGGUGUCUUUGGCUCGCUUGGGAUCAUCUUUGCUGUUACGUUCUGGCUUGUAUGA